CAGAGAUGCGGAGGAGGGGAAAGGCGUGGAGGAAGAGAGGGAAGUUGGCGCAUGCGCUUAACUCUGACGGGUUUGAAAUGGCUUCGGUGUUAGCCGGGACCCGAUUCAGGUGAAGGUCUCGUCUUCGCGGUUGGAGCAGCAGGCGGCGGAGCCGGGGUCCUAACAUCCUAUCGGAUCCGCUGAAGGGCCAGGAGCGACCGUUUUGGUAGCACGGCGUCCGUAGAUUGCUGCUAUAGAAGACAAACAAGUGAAGGUGUUUUUCCCUCUUUCAUCAUGGCUCAGUUUGGAGGACAGAAGAAUCCGCCAUGGGCUACUCAAUUUACAGCCACUGCGGUAUCUCAGCCAGCUGCAUUGGGUGUUCAACAACCAUCACUCCUUGGGGCAUCUCCUACCAUUUAUACCCAGCAAACUGCAUUAGCAGCAGCAGGACUUACCACACAAACCCCAGCAAACUAUCAGUUAACUCAGACUGCAGCCUUGCAGCAACAAGCUGCAGCCGCAGCAGCUGCAUUGCAACAGCAAUAUUCACAACCUCAGCAGGCCUUGUAUAGUGUGCAACAACAGUUACAGCAACCUCAGCAGACCCUUUUAACACAGCCAGCUGUUGCAUUGCCUACAAGCCUUAGCCUGUCUACUCCUCAGCCUGCAGCCCAGAUAACUGUAUCGUACCCCACACCGAGGUCCAGUCAGCAACAAACCCAGCCUCAGAAACAACGUGUUUUUACAGGAGUAGUUACGAAACUCCAUGAUACAUUUGGAUUUGUGGAUGAAGAUGUAUUCUUUCAGCUUAGUGCUGUCAAAGGCAAAACCCCCCAAGUGGGUGACAGAGUAUUGGUCGAAGCUACAUAUAAUCCCAAUAUGCCUUUUAAAUGGAAUGCUCAAAGAAUUCAGACACUACCGAAUCAGAAUCAAUCCCAAACUCAGCCUUUACUGAAGACUCCUCCUGCUGUACUUCAGCCAAUUGCACCACAGACGACAUUUGGUGUUCAGGCGCAGCCCCAACCCCAGUCCUUGCUGCAAGCCCAGAUCUCAGCAGCUUCUAUUACACCAUUAUUGCAGACUCAGCCACAGCCUUUAUUACAGCAGCCACAGCAAAAAGCUGGUUUAUUGCAGCCUCCUGUUCGUAUAGUUUCGCAGCCACAACCUGCACGAAGAUUAGAUCCACCAUCCAGAUUUUCAGGAAGGAAUGACAGAGGGGAUCAAGUGCCUAACAGAAAAGAUGACCGAAGUCGUGAAAGGGAGAGAGAACGACGUAGAUCCAGAGAAAGAUCUCCUCAGAGAAAACGUUCCCGGGAGAGAUCUCCUCGAAGAGAGCGAGAACGAUCACCUCGGAGAGUUCGACGUGUUGUUCCACGUUACACAGUUCAGUUUUCAAAAUUUUCAUUAGAUUGUCCUAGUUGUGACAUGAUGGAACUAAGGCGCCGUUAUCAGAAUUUAUAUAUACCUAGUGACUUUUUUGAUGCUCAGUUUACAUGGGUGGAUGCUUUCCCUUUGUCAAGACCAUUUCAGCUGGGAAAUUACUGCAAUUUCUAUGUAAUGCACAGAGAAGUAGAGUCCUUAGAAAAAAAUAUGGCUAUUCUUGAUCCACCAGAUGCUGACCAUUUAUACAGUGCAAAGGUAAUGCUGAUGGCUAGUCCUAGUAUGGAAGAUUUGUAUCAUAAGUCAUGUGCUCUUGCUGAAGACCCACAAGAACUUCGAGAUGGAUUUCAGCAUCCUGCUAGACUUGUUAAGUUUUUAGUGGGCAUGAAAGGCAAGGAUGAAGCCAUGGCCAUUGGAGGUCACUGGUCUCCUUCGUUGGAUGGACCAGACCCAGAAAAAGACCCCUCUGUGUUGAUUAAGACUGCUAUUCGUUGUUGUAAGGCUCUGACAGGCAUUGAUCUAAGUGUAUGCACACAAUGGUACCGUUUUGCAGAGAUUCGCUACCAUCGCCCUGAGGAGACCCACAAGGGGCGUACAGUUCCAGCUCAUGUGGAGACAGUGGUUUUAUUUUUCCCGGAUGUUUGGCAUUGCCUUCCCACCCGCUCAGAGUGGGAAACCCUCUCCCGAGGAUACAAGCAGCAGCUGGUCGAGAAGCUUCAGGGUGAACGCAAGGAGGCUGAUGGAGAACAGGAUGAAGAAGAGAAAGAUGAUGGUGAAGCGAAAGAAAUUUCCACUCCUACCCAUUGGUCUAAACUUGAUCCAAAGACAAUGAAGGUAAAUGAUCUCCGAAAAGAAUUAGAAAGUCGAGCUCUUAGUUCUAAAGGAUUAAAAUCCCAGUUAAUAGCCCGAUUGACAAAACAGCUUAAAGUAGAAGAACAAAAAGAAGAGCAAAAGGAAUUAGAAAAAUCAGAAAAAGAAGAGGAAGAGGAGGAUGAUAGGAAAUCUGAAGAUGAUAAAGAGGAAGAAGAAAGAAAACGUCAGGAGGAAAUGGAACGCCAGCGUCGGGAAAGAAGAUACAUUUUGCCUGAUGAACCAGCCAUCAUUGUACAUCCAAACUGGGCUGCAAAAAGUGGAAAGUUUGAUUGUAGCAUUAUGUCUUUGAGUGUACUUUUGGACUACAGGUUAGAGGAUAAUAAAGAACAUUCAUUUGAGGUUUCACUGUUUGCAGAACUUUUCAAUGAAAUGCUUCAAAGAGAUUUUGGUGUCAGAAUAUACAAAUCAUUAUUAUCUCUUCCUGAGAAAGAGGACAAAAAAGAAAAGGAAAAGAAAAGCAAAAAAGAUGAGAGAAAAGAUAAAAAAGAAGACAGGGAUGAAGAAACUGAUGAGCCAAAACCCAAACGGAGAAAAUCCGGCGAUGAUAAGGAUAAAAAAGAAGAUAGAGAUGAAAGGAAGAAAGAAGAUAAAAGAAAAGAUGAUUCUAAAGAUGAUGAUGAAACUGAGGAAGAUAAUAAUCAGGAUGAAUAUGAUCCAAUGGAAGCAGAAGAAGCUGAGGAUGAAGAAGAUGAUCGGGAUGAGGAAGAAAUAAACAAACGAGAUGACAAAAGAGAUAUCAACAGGUACUGCAAGGAGAGGCCCUCUAAAGAUAAGGAAAAAGAAAAGAUUCAGAUGAUCACAAUUAACAGGGAUCUGUUAAUGGCGUUUGUUUAUUUUGAUCAAAGCCAUUGUGGUUAUCUUCUUGAGAAGGAUUUAGAAGAAAUACUCUAUACUCUUGGACUACAUCUUUCUCGGGCUCAGGUAAAGAAACUUCUUAAUAAAGUAGUACUCCGUGAGUCUUGCUUUUACCGGAAAUUAACAGACACCUCAAAAGAUGAAGAAAACCAUGAAGAGUCUGAAGCAUUGCAGGAAGAUAUGCUAGGGAACCGGUUGCUACUUCCAACACCAACAGUAAAGCAGGAGUCAAAGGAUGUGGAAGAAAAUGUUGGUCUUAUUGUGUAUAAUGGUGCAAUGGUUGAUGUAGGAAGCCUCUUGCAAAAAUUGGAAAAGAGUGAAAAAGUAAGAGCUGAAGUAGAACAGAAGCUGCAGUUGCUAGAAGAAAAAACGGAUGAAGAUGAGAAAACCAUAAUAAAUUUGGAGAAUUCCAACAAAAGCCUCUCAGGUGAACUCAGAGAAGUUAAAAAGGACUUUAGUCAAUUACAAGAAAACUUGAAGAUUUCAGAAAACAUGAAUUUGCAGUUUGAAAACCAACUCAAUAAGACAAUCAGAAACUUAUCUACAGUAAUGGAUGAAAUCCACACUGUACUGAAGAAGGAUAAUGUCAAGAAUGAAGAUAAAGAUCAGAAAUCCAAGGAGAAUGGUGCAAGUGUAUGAUAAAAUACAUGUAAUGGUGAAGAAUGGUGUUAAAUAAUGUAAUAUAUAAAAUCAUGAUACAAGAAUGUUUGAAAGUGAUGCAUGUUUGAUUUUAGUAGUAUAAAUAUCUGUUAGUUCAAAUGAUGUAUAAAGUUUUAUGAAUGUGAAGAGUCUGCUUUUGAAAAUUGCUUGUAAUUCCUGGCAUUCAAAUUAUUAAACACUCCUUGAGUGAAAGAAUUUUGCAUUGCAAAAUGUUUUAGGAUGAACUUUGUUAUAGUUUUUAACCCCAAUAAAGUUCAUCACUUUAAUUGAUAGUAGUAUUUAAUUACCAAAUGUCUUUUAUUAAAAUACUUAGAAUAGUUGCAGUUUUAUUUAUAGAAUUAUCAUUAUUAGGGUUUUAUAAAAAAUUUUUAGUCUUUUAAAAUUUCAGUAUAAAUCAUAAAAUAGCAUGCUGCUUAAUUUUUUGCAAGUUUUUUGAAUCAGACUUUUUUACUUGUCUUAAAAAAAAAUCCCUUCUAUCAGCCUCUAAACUAUUCAUUAAAAAUUCAGUUCAUCCAAGACAUCAAAAACUAAGAAAGUAAUAGAUAAUUACCAUUGUUAAUAUAUAUGUUAGACUUACAAAAAAACAAAUAGUACUGGUGUUAAUGUUACUGCUUUCAAUUAAUUGUUCUUUCCCACAAUAGCACCUAUAUUUUAAUUUUGAGGGUUUUUUUUCCCUUAAAUGCAGUGUUUGUCAAAUGUACAGUUUAGCACCAAGCCAGUAGAUGUCAGUAUGAUGUCUUAAGUUAAGCCUUCUUUAAUUAAAAAUAAUUUUUUUAUUA